ACCACCAACGACGCCGAUCGAUCGAGCCAACUCCUCUACAAUUUCGUAUAUAAGUAUAAGUACUCCCCGUCCUCUUCCAUCUCCUCCACUUCUCAAUACCUCUUCAUUCUCCCGCCUCCUCCUAGUUUUGUGCUGCUCCUCCGCUUACGGAUCAGGAGAUCCGAGAUCCCGCGUCUCAUUCUUUUUUCGACCCUGUUUUUUCUAUCCAGAAAUUGUUGUUGUUGUGUAUUAAUCUCGCGCUUCUGCUAUUAUCCAAGAAAGAAAGGAGAAUUAUCCGGCAGUUUCAGAGGUGAGAAUUGUCCCUGUUUCUCGGGCGAGCUAAACUAGCGGUGGCAUCGACCGAGCAUAUGCUCCGUGUUGGUGUAUAUAUACUCGUAUCCUCGGAGUAUCGUCACUCCGCCGCAGCAGCAGCUGAUCCAGCUUCGUCGUCGUCGGCGAUCGCCACCGGCAGCUAGGCAGUGACGGUGACAGUAGGAGGAGAUCAGGAUAUGGACUGCUUCGCGGAGACGGAGGGGAAGAGGGCGCAUGACCCGCUGUACCAGCGGCGCGCGGCGGCGGCGGCGACGCCGGCGACGGGGGUGCCGGUGGACGACGUGGACAAGGUGGUGGACGUGCCCGGGGCGGUGAUCGUCGGCGCCGGGCCGGCGGGGGUGGCCGUGGGCGCCCUGCUGGGGCUGCGCGGCGUCGCCUACGUGGUGCUCGAGCGGUGCGGGUGCAUCGCGUCGCUGUGGCGCCACCGCACGUACGACCGCCUCUGCCUCCACCUCCCCAAGCGCUUCUGCGAGCUCCCGCUCAGGCCGUUCCCGGCGAGCUUCCCGGAGUACCCGACGAGGGACCAGUUCCUCGGCUACCUCGACGCCUACGCGCGCGAGUUCGGCGUCGAGCCGGUGUUCCGGCGGGCGGUGAUCAGCGCCGAGUACGACGGGGAGUCGUGGUGGGUGUACACCAGGGAGGUGGUCGCGGCGGCGGCCGGCGGCGAGCAGGCCGUCCUCGGGUGCACCAUGACCGUGUACCGGAGCAGGUGGCUCGUCGUGGCCACCGGCGAGAACGCCGAGCCCGUCGUGCCGGAGAUGGACGGCGCCGGGAGGUUCAAGGGCCAGAUGAUGCACUCCAGCGAGUACCGCAACGGCGACGGCUACGCCGGGAAGAAGGUCCUCGUCGUCGGCUGCGGCAACUCCGGCAUGGAGGUGUCCCUCGACCUCUGCAACCACAAUGCGCGCGCAUCCAUGGUGGUGCGCGACACGGUGCAUGUCCUACCUAGAGAAAUCCUGGGGUUCUCCACUUUCGGUCUGUCCAUGUGGCUCCUCAGGUGGUUGUCUGUCCAAACGGUGGAUUGGCUGGUACUCCUGUUGUCGUUCCUCGUGUUCGGUGAUACGGCCCGCCUGGGCAUCCCACGGCCCAGCCUUGGCCCCUUCGAGCUCAAGAGUGUGUCGGGUAAGACGCCGGUGCUCGACGUCGGAACCCUAGCCAAGAUCAAGUCCGGGGACAUCAAGGUGACCCCAGCAAUACAAUGUUUCCAAGAACAUGGCGUGGAGUUUGUGGAUGGCAGCACUGAAGAAUUUGAUGUUGUCAUCCUGGCCACAGGAUACAAAAGUAAUGUGCCAUAUUGGUUAAAGGAGAAAGAAUUCUUCUCAGAGAAAGAUGGCUUCCCAAGAAAGGGAAAUGCGUGGAAAGGGCAGAAUGGCCUGUACGCUGUUGGUUUCUCAAGGCGUGGUCUCUCUGGAGUGUCCAUGGACGCCAACAACAUUGUGCAGGAUAUUGUGCAGCGUUUGCACGAUAUGGGCUAUGAAAGAAGUGAGAACAACUGACAUGGAAUGGAACCCACUUGUUUUGAUCAGAGCAUUUUUCUUGUAGACACGUCAUGUGCUGGUCUGGUUUACAUUUCACCCUAAUUAACAGGUAGAUACAAGCCUGAAAAAAGCCAUCAGGACAAUCUACCAGUGCAUAUGCAUGCAUAUACUUUGAUCAGGCUAGUGCAUCUCAUUUUUUUCCCCAAACUCAUAAUGUAUAUAAGUCAUGGUAUAGGCAGUAAUCAUUUGUUGCAUUUUUAGUGAUAUGAUUUGGCCGGCCUAAUUUUAACUGGAGGGAGUGAAAACUAGAGUAUUGAGUUUGAGGGAGAAUAGCAUAAUCAGUUUAGUUUUGGUCGCGCGUCUUUUUUGAGAAAGCUUUGAUUUCAUUUCCUUUUUUUUUCAUUUUGGCAAUUGUUGUCAUGUUAUUUUGUAAGUGUCAAUUGUAACAAACAACAUUUGCAAUAAUCUAUGCUCUGGUAGAUUUUCUGUUCUA